AUGACGUCUGAUGGAACACCAAUUACAACCAUUGGAUCAACAAUGACGUCUGAUGGAACACCAAUAACAACCACUGGAUCAACCAUGACGUCUGAUGGAACACCAAUAACAACCAGUGGAUCAACCAUGACGUCUGAUGGAACACCAUUAACAACCAGUGAAUUAACAAUGACGUCUGAUGGAACACCAAUAACAACAACUGGAUCAACUAUGACGUCUGAUGGAACACCAAUAACAACCAGCGGAUCAAUAAUGACGUCUGAUGGAGCACCAAUAACAACCAUUGGGUCAACCAUGACAACUGAUGGAACAACCUUAACAACCAAUGAGUCAACCAUGACGUCAGAUGGAACACCAAGAACAACCAUUGGAUCAACCAUGACCUCUGAUGGAACACCAUUAACAACCAAUGAGUCAACCAUGACGUCUGAUGAAACACCAAUAACAACCAGUGGAUCAACCAUGACGUCUGAUGGAACACGAAUAACAACCAGUGGAUCAACCAUGACAUCUAAUGGAACACCAAUAACAACCAGUGGAUCAGCAAUGACGUCUGAUGGAACACCAAUAACAACCAGUAGAUCAACCAUGACAUCUGAUGGAACACCAAUAACAACCACUGGAUCAACCAUGACGUCUGAUGGAACACCAAUAACAACCACUGGGUCAACCAUGACAACUGAUGGAGCACCAAUAACAACCAGUGGAUCAAAAAUGACGUCUGAUGGAACACCAAUAACAACCAUUGGAUCAACCAUGACGUCUGAUGGAACAAUAAUAACAACCACUGGAUCAACCAUGACAACUGAUGGAACAAUAAUAACAACCACUGGAUCAACCAUGACAUCUAAUGGAACAUCAAUAACAACCAGUGCAUCAACCUUUCCAUCUGAUGGAACACCAAUAACAACAAGUGGAUCAACAAUGACGUCAGAUGGAACACCAAUAACAACCACUGGGUCAACCAUGACAUCUAAUGGAACACUAAUAACAACCAGUGGAUCAACAAUGACGUCUGAUGGAACACCAAUAAGAUCAACCAUGACAUCUAAUGGAACAUCAAUAACAACCAGUGCAUCAGCCUUUCCAUCUGAUGGAACACCAAUAACAACCAGUGGAUCAACAAUGACGUCUGAUGGAACACCAAUAACAACCAUUGGAUCAACCAUGACGUCUGAUGGAACAAUAAUAACAACCACUGGAUCAACAAUGACGUCUGAUGGAACAAUAAUAACAACCACUGGAUCACCCAUGACAACUGAUGGAACAAUAAUAACAACCACUGGAUCAACCAUGACAUCUAAUGAAACACCAAUAACAACCAGUGCAUCAUCCUUAUCAUCUGAUGGAACACCAAUAACAACAAAUGGAUCAACCAUGACAUCUGAAGGAACACCAAUAACAACCAAUGAGUCAACCAUGACGUCUGAUGGAACACCAAUAACAACCAAUGGAUCAACCAUGACAUCUGAUGGAACACCAAUAACAACCAAUGAGUCAACCAUGACGUCUGAUGGAACACCAAUAACAACCAAUGGAUCAACCAUGACAUCUGAUGGAACACCAAUAACAACCAAUGAGUCAACCAUGACAUCUGAUGGAACACCAAUAACAACAAAUGGAUCAACCAUGUCAUCUGAUGGACCACCAGUAACAACUAGUGGAUCAACCAUGACGUCUGAUGGAACACCAAUAACAAUUACUUGGUCGACCAUGACGUCUGAUGGAACACCAUUAACAACCUCUGGGUCAACCAUGAACCAAUAA